UUCCUUCAUAUAUUUUUUUUAAUAUUCCCAGAAUCAAUCCAAGAUGUUGAUCGAACGCCAUGAUGAUAGCUUUGAGUGUAAUAAAGCUACCGUGAUAAUCGACGAUGAGAACCAUGACUCUGGCAAAAUUCCUCAUACUUCCUCUCGACCCCCGUGUCCCGUGCCACCUCUUGAUAUCGACGAGGAAGCUUUCUACUACAGUCGUCGUGAAGGCGAGGAUGAGGAACUCAUCCAGCCGUCAACGAGAGACCCCGCCAGUGGUUACGACCUCCAGACGAUCGAUGUAGAAAAGACCGAUGAGUUUCCCGCUUCACUUUCCUUGGAGGAAUAUCAUCAACGCGGGAAACCUCGGAAGACAACACCAAAGAGCGCUGUCAAGGAUUCCAUGACGUUUGAACAACAACGUUUUUCCCGUAUGAAGUCUGCUCCUCAGCGUUCCCCUGUUCCUUCACGAUCUCCCGAUCAUAAAGAAGCAGGCUGGGUCUUGAACCCAAAUAUGACCAGUGAUACCAACAAUCGACCUCUCUCUCGUAUCGACUCACCAUCACUGCCGCCCAUAUAUCCUAGGAAAGAACCGAAAGCAAUGCCACCAAUGCUAUUCCCGCCAAAGCAUCUUGAGCAGGAGGAAGAUCGGAUCAAGAUGAAUAUAUGGAACCACCCUAUUUCUCCGCUACCUAACAUUCCAUCAAGGUUUGUGCCACCAAAAGAAGAGCAACAAGGCACUAAGAGUUCCAUGUUGACAACCGCUUUGGCAAUGGCCUCAAAUAUGCCAAAUACCGCAGAUACCACGUCUGAUCAUCAUGCGGCCACGCAAAGGAACACUCUGUUGAGAGACUUGUUAACACCAGGUUGUGAAGUCGAUUCAAAGAGAAAGACAACUCAUCUAAAGAUAGACGUUAAUGUGAGAUCGGGUGGGUUAACAUACUUCAUGCCACUUUCUUGCGACCAACGCAAAAGGAAGCGGUCUCUUCCACGUCACAUGCAAUCCCGACGGGAACGAACGCAGGAAAGGGAACAGAGAAUCGCAACGAAGCUGAUCCAGAAGAAUAACACGACAAAGAAAAAUCUUGAGAAUCUUGAACUCGCUAGGAAAAAAAGGAGAAAUUCUUUUGAGGCUCGUCUGAAAGCAUUUCGGCAUAGAUACCAAGAACUUCUCGAGAGGAGACACAGGAUUCAAACUAGUUUGGAGCACAAGCAGAAAAAUGCAAAGAACAAUAGGGAAAUACUCCAAACGAAACGCCAAGGUAGAUUCCAACGUGCCCAAGAAAGGAGAAAAUUGCUUCAGGUGAGGAAGAAAGUUUUGAGUCAAAUCAGAAAGGCCAUAUCCAUGGAGGAAAAUGCAAUGGAUAUAGUGACAGAACAUGGAAGUAGUAUUGCUUACUUGCCAGAUGACGAUGGAGAGAAUCCGGAGGCUGAACAACAAAAUGAUGAAGGUGAAGGAAUAGGUGAAGGAAUCAUUGAAGGAAACAUUGAUGGAGUUGAACGUGAUGGUGAAAGAGGAAGACUAAAUGAACCACAGUCCACAGACAGACGUAAUGCCAUUGCCGACAAUGGUCGUAGGAUGGGUGAAAUAGACAAUGGUAACGUUAUCUACGUAUUUGAAAAUGAUAGUGGCAGAGGAGAUGAUGGAUCUCAGGAUACUGUGCAGAGGGACCCUAUGAGAGAAACUGGAAACUUUGCAGAGACUUUUGGCAUUGCGAUAAAUCCAAGAGGAAUUCCUCGUUCAGCUCGAGGAGAGGAUUACCAAAGCCUCCGUUCUUUAUUUCAGUUGGAAGCUACCUACACCUUACAGGGACACAGAGAUAUAGGCUUAUUUCCAAGACCGUUUUCAGAGCCGGAACAACAAGAUUACCCGAUCGAAGGAUGGUCCCACUACAUGUUAGCCAUCAGAGCGAUCCGGGACAACAUCGAGGAAAUUUCAGCUGACUAUUCUGACGGGACAUCAUCCACGGCAGCACUUCCUAUCGUCUUCCAGGAGUCCAAAACAGCGCAAGGUGACUACUUUGACGAACGUGAGGAUACGCCGAGUAUCACGGAUGAUGAGUACCUUGAGGAAAUUGAAGAGAUGGUGGGGUUCGUCGAUGAUGUGCUGCCUCAAAGGGAAUCGGCUCCGGAUGAACAGAUAAAUGUUAGAAUGAGGCCGACUCAAGGUCCGAGUCGUCACUAAUUUCUAAAUUAGAAAAUUCCCAGUAGUAAGAUACUCGAGGUGAUUGGAAUACCCACGGUUUAAACUUUCAUCAUAUACUUAUAUAUACGGAGACAAGUUCUAUGACUGUUUAAUAUUCUUCUCGAGGAUUGACUCCAUGGAAAAGUAUGCUUUAAAACGUGGCAAUACAUGACGGAAUAUUUCAAAAAGUGUAAGAAUAGUAUGUUUGAUGAAUUCCGUGGAAUGUUCAAUCUAUUUUUUUCUCGUUAGAAUUAUAUGGUUUAGUAGUUAAUGUGAAAGCUUCCAAAGAUUUCUAAGGAUCAAGAGCAAAACAUACGGAACGAAAGGAAAGGAGUGUUUCAUGUAUAUGUAUUCUCAUGGGGGAGAUAUUGUUGAAAUAAUGAUUUUUACUGAUAUUAUUAUGUUUGGAGAAUGUAGGCAUGAAAUAUUGUAAGGCAAAAUACCAUUCUUUAUGAAGAAAAUUAAAUCCCUCAGUAUUAACCAGCAAUUGUGAAUGAUUUGGUGAAAUUUUUGUUUGGAAUACUGUCUAUAAUAAAAAGACAACUCUUCUUCUAA